AGUGGGUGAAUGACUGAGUGAGCUAUAGGAACGAAACAUACCGUUAGGAGUCUGCUGAUGAUUUGAUUGGAUAGAUGAUGAGACGGGUGAUCAGAAAGAAGUAAUUGUAUUUUUAUGAAUAAGAGGAAGAGAGGAAAAGAGAGAGGAUUGCACAUCUGGAAAUGCUGGUAUUCGUCAUUCGAUAUUUUCAGCAAAUGAAUUGAACAACACAUUUUGUUGUACAACGCUGUCUGGAAAACAUCUCCCUUCCCUCUGGCAAAAGAAUUGCAGUGUGUUUCAGUUGGACAGACUGGACAGAGCGCAGCCGACACAGCGACGGUGUGAGUGGAGCAGAGAGAACCGAGGAUGGGGGGCGGAGGUCAGCAGACGGAGUCAAGCGAGCCGGCCAAGUGUGACGGGGUUGGGCCCGGUGGAGGGCGAGGUGGCAGUGCAGUCUACACCUGGGAAGAGGUCCAGAAGCACUGCCACAGAGGCGACCAGUGGUUGGUCAUCGACAGGAAGGUCUAUAAUAUUACCCAGUGGGCGAAGAGACACCCGGGGGGCAUCAGGGUCAUCAGUCACUUUGCUGGAGAAGAUGCCACGGACGCAUUUUCCGCAUUCCAUCCCGAUCCUAAUUUUGUCAGGAAGUUUCUGAAGCCGUUGCUGAUUGGAGAGCUGGCACCGACAGAGCCCAGCCAUGACCAUGGGAAAAACGCAGCACUGGUGCAGGACUUCCAGGCCCUGCGUGACCGUGUGGAGAGGGAGGGUCUCCUCCGUGCCCGCCCCCUGUUCUUCUGCCUCUACCUGGGCCACAUCCUGCUACUAGAGGCCCUGGCUUUGGGCCUGCUCUGGGUCUGGGGGACCAGCUGGAGCCUCACACUGCUCUGUUCCCUCAUGCUGGCCACGUCUCAGUCCCAGGCUGGCUGGCUGCAGCAUGACUACGGCCACCUGUCAGUCUGCAAGAAAUCUAGUUGGAAUCACAUACUGCAAAAGUUUGUCAUUGGACACCUAAAGGGUGCCUCUGCUAACUGGUGGAACCAUCGUCACUUCCAGCACCACGCUAAACCCAACGUGUUUAGUAAAGAUCCUGAUGUCAACUCACUGCAUGUCUUCGUCCUGGGAGACAAACAGCCUGUAGAGUAUGGUAUAAAGAAGUUGAAGUACAUGCCCUACCAACACCAACACCAGUACUUCUUCCUCAUUGGACCUCCACUACUUAUUCCAGUGUAUUUCCACAUCCAGAUAUUGCGGACCAUGUUUUUACGACAGGACUGGGUGGAUCUGGCGUGGUCGAUGAGUUUCUACCUUCGCUUCUUCUGCUGUUACUAUCCCUUCUUUGGUUUCUUUGGCUCAGUAGCAUUGAUCAGCUUCGUCAGGUUUUUGGAAAGCCACUGGUUUGUAUGGGUGACCCAGAUGAAUCACCUUCCUAUGGAGAUAGAUCACGAGAGACACCAGGACUGGCUCACCAUGCAGUUGAGUGCUACUUGCAACAUUGAACAGUCAACCUUCAACGACUGGUUCAGUGGACACCUCAACUUUCAGAUUGAACACCAUCUGUUUCCUACCAUGCCCCGUCAUAACUACCACCUGGUGGCUCCUCUGGUUCGUGCUUUGUGUGAGAAACAUGGAGUUCCCUACCAGGUCAAGACUUUGCAGAAAGGCAUGACUGAUGUUGUCAGGUCACUGAAGAAGUCAGGGGAUCUGUGGCUGGAUGCGUAUCUCCAUAAAUAAAUCCCUUCCUGACUCUGGAUGGGAUUAAAUCCAUCGCAGAUUAAUGACCUGCGAACAGAGAGGACAUUUCCUGGAUGUUUUUGAUGAUACUGAUCGCUGCAAACAUUAUUGUGAUAUAAUUGUUUUAAUCCUUGUCAGCAGUGAAUGGGGACCCAUAGCAUAAAUAGAGGGUUUAUAUAGUAGGGCCAGGCGUUUU